UGGCGUUACAAGCGCCGUGCUCUACCAGCUGAGCUACAGAGGACCACAUACCACCCGUAUAUCCAGUUAUCAUUUAUGUUCAGACAUAAUUUACCCGUAUGUUCAGACAUCAUUUACCCGUAUAUUGAGAGGCGUACCAGUCUGCUGCUCCCUCCCUCUGCUGAGACGGACCAUCAGCCCAUUAAAAUAAAAAGCUAAUUAUUUAAAUAUAUGCGUACUCAGCUGUGCCUCACAAGUGAUCUAUUACUGGUGUGAUCAUAAAGCCUACCUCAAUUUUGUAAAAAUUUAAUUUGAAAAAAUGGUCCGAACAACAAUGCAUUGGCAGGGCAAUUCUAGCAAAGUCAAUAUGCAGUGACAAUGCAUUGGCCUAUAGCUUACUGCACAAACCUAAUUGCUACAGUACUGUUUUUAAUAGGUUAAUGUUGCAUAGGCUUAACGUUUUUUAAGUCGUAUAAAAACAAAUCUGAGUUGUAGAUCUCGGCUUGCAUUUUGACUCAGAAAGUGACCGUGACUCAGAAAAGGUCUUAUUAAACACACCAGGCAACUGUGACGCAGUAGAUCAUUGUUCUUUAAUCCAUGUAAAGGAUUUCUGAUUUGCUGCUGCUCAUGGAAAUAAUGUCCACGCUCACUUUUAAAACAUUCUAUAUGUUACAUGUUUUAUGCCCACUCUCAUUUUCACUGUUUCUAAACAGGUCAAGUUCCAGAGAAGAGAGAGGAAGUUGACAUUUCUAACUUAUUUCAAUCGUAUUCAUUCUGCUUAUUCUCCUUUAUAGUUACAGUAUCGUAGUGCUACUGAUGUGUCACAAUGUUGACCAGGAACCAAUCCACACACGGGGGAAACCAUGCGUAGGGAGCCACAGGUUGAGCCACUCCCAGAGUAUACAGAUUGUGUGUAUACGCCAUGUCCAUAGACCGUGCCCACUAAAGUCAACGAUUACACCUCUCCUUCUAAAACGGAGGCGUGCGUCAUUUACUUGAGGUGAGGUCGGGGUGAGACACAUUCAGUUGAGCAGCCGUCUCCUUAGCUGUGGCCUCCAUUGAUACUAAUAUCAGAUAGAGAAUACUAACAACACAUCAUAGGAAGAGAAUACCAGACUAGUAAUGGCUGCUGUUCGCUUGUCCAGGUCUCAGAGAGUCGUCAGGAACUUGUCUCUGAUCCUAUUGAGUGGAUCAGUCUCUCUGGUCCUGUGGAUGGCUCCCAGACGCCUGCCCUGCUCUGACAGGGGUCCUCUCCUCCCCCCGGACCUCCUCCCCCCGGACUACGCUGCCGACCUGCCGGCCUGCUCAGCCAUCAUCCGAGGAGACAUGGAGGGUCUGGAGAGUGAGCAGCUCGGCCUCAUGCUGAAGACCAAGAAGAAGCAGCAGCUGCUGCCAGAGGCGUUCUACCACAACGUGACUCAGGACUGUCAGAGGUACGUUUCAGACAGAGGGUUCAUCACCGUGCCUCUGAGCCAGGAGGAGGAGGAGUUCCCCAUCGCCUACUCCAUGGUCGUCCACGAGAAGAUCGAGAUGUUUGAGAGGCUCCUGCGUGCCGUGUACACGCCUCAGAACGUCUACUGCGUCCACGUCGACCAGAAGUCAUCCGAGGACUUCAGGAGUGCAGUGAGGGCUAUCGUGUCCUGCCUGCCCAAUGUGUUUGUGGCCAGUAAGACAGAGAGCGUGGUCUACGCCUCCUGGUCCAGAGUGCAGGCUGAUCUGAACUGUAUGGAGGACCUGCUGAAGUCACCGGUCCAGUGGAGGUACCUGCUCAACACCUGUGGAACCGACUUCCCCAUUAAGACCAAUGCUGAGAUGGUUCAGGCCCUCAAGCUGCUGAACGGGAAGAACAGCAUGGAGUCAGAGGUCACCAACAACAAUAAGAAGGGCAGAUGGCAGUUUCACCACAACGUCACCAACACAGUGGUCAGGACAGCGGUUAAGAAGACCCCUCCACCAAUCAACACCCCCAUGUUCUCUGGCAACGCCUACUUCGUGGUCUCCAGGGCCUUCGUCCGUCACGUGACGGAGAGUCAGGAGGUCCGGGUUCUGCUGGAGUGGGAGAAGGACACCUAUAGUCCUGAUGAACACCUGUGGGCCACCUUGCAGCGCAUGCCCUCUGUCCCAGGCUCCUACCCCCCCAACAGUAAGUACCAGCAGUCUGAUAUGAACUCCAUGGCCAGAGUGGUGAGAUGGAGCUACCUGGCUGGGGAUGUGAGGAGCGGAGCCCCCUACCCCCACUGCUCCGGGACCUACAGGAGGGCUGUGUGUGUCUAUGGGGCUGGUGACCUGCAGUGGCUCCUAAACCAACACCAUCUCAUCGCUAACAAGUUUGACCCCGAGGUGGAUGACGUGGCGAUCAGGUGUCUGGAGUCGUACCUUCGCUUCAAAGCAACAUACCGUGUAUCAGUAAGGACAGUGGAAUCUGGGAAUAUCUUACAAAAACUAUGAAAGGUUGUAAAAAAUA